CUUCUGGCGUUGCUGGUGUUCUCUGCUCAGGGCAGCCAGACUUGCAAGUUGCUGUUUCCGUGCAUUCAUGCUCCAUACGCGACGACACGGCCCCAGAUUCGGCACCUCCUGCCUCCCAUCGACGCCAAAAGUCCACUGACACACCUGCGCAUCGUUUCUCCGGCAUGUUCCGACCCGAUUCGACUGCAUAUCUCCAGGUGUCGACGGGGUAUGCGAUCCCGCACGGCCUCCCCGAUUACACAUUCAACGAGACGCCAUUACGCUUGAGCGACAGCAGAGAUUCUGCUGCGGCAGGGGCCGUCGGCAGCUCGGCAAGUGCACUGCUCUACAACACGCCGCUGUUUAGUGACACGAGGAGCGCUGGCAUUGGCCCCGCACCAUCCGCCCUUGGCUCCUUCAACAACUUCCACUCCACCUCGUCCACCUCACCUGCCAACCCGACCAUCUCAGCACGCUCGAGCCAUCGACCUUCGCUACCUCUUUUGCUGAAGAUGGAGCCAAACGCCGAAGAUUUGGCAGCCCAAGAGGCUGCUGCCCGGGAAUAUCAGCCACAUCUCGAGCGCGAUGCACAGGGCCCGCUCGUUGGCAAGAAGACGCCCAGCACCGCCAUCGCGGAGGAAUAUGCCAAGGCCGAUCCGAUCUAUGUACAAAAGACUUUGGUUCUCCCUCAGACAUACUCGCAUUACCGUCAGAUUCAGGGCGACGGUAACUGCGGCUGGCGGGCAAUUGGCUUCGGUUACUUUGAGAUGUUGGUGAAGAGCGGCAACAAGACUCGGAUCGAGACUGAGAGGCAGCGGCUGGAGGGCCUGAACGGCUUCAUCGAGAACGUCGGAGGCUUCUCUCCCUAUGUUUCCCAGGACUUUGUCGACGAGACAUUGGCGCUUCUGCAGAAAAUGGCAGAGCUAGUUGACCAGCAGGGCCAGGAUCAAGCCAUGACGGAGCUGCUGGAGGCGUUCAACACGCCCGAACUCUCCAACUCCAUCAUGUACCACUUCAGAAUGCUGGCAAGCUCAUUCCUUAAGGGCAACCGGGACACAUAUGGCGCCUUCGUCACCACCGCCUCGGGUGUCGACGGAUACUGCACCGAAGUGCUUGAGCAUCACGGCGUCGAACUUGAUCAUCUGGGCUUGACCUUGCUAGUCAAUGUGCUCCUGAAAGAUGCCGGUUUCGUCUUGGAGGUUGCCUAUCUUGACCGGAGUCCCGGGUCCGAAGUCAACACGUACCGGUUCCCCGAUGAAGCAAACAAUCGCGACCCUUCGGAACUGGGUCCCAUCAUUCACCUUCUCUACCGCCCGGACCAUUACGACAUUCUGUACGUCCCGGAGCCGGUCAGCCUCCAAGUGCACCGCGUGGCCAGCUUCUCGCACAGCUAUGAGAUUGAGAGCUCACCCAUGUCGAUGCACAACUUCGGGGCUGUCGACAUGCAGACGCUAUCCCUCAUUCCUGGAUUCGGUGCCCCAGCUCCUGCUCUGGGAUCCAUGCUUGACACCUCUCCGUCACCGCUCACCACGUACAGCCCGAGCCCCGUGUCUCCCUGGUUAUCCUCGGGUUACGUUGAGCCAGUACAACAGGCGCCGCCAGUACCACUUCCGAUCCCAACGCCCACCCCGGCGCCGCAGACGCACCCCCUGCGUUUCAGCGAGUAUUGUCAGCUCCGAGAGUACACCGACAACAAUACGUGGCGUGAGCAGACGCUGCAGACGACAACAUUCAAGAACAGCCACUUCAACGUGGCACACUACAACAAUCCCAAUUUUCAGCCAGAGGAGUACAAGCCCGGAGCCGACGACCACGACACGCCGCCGCGGCCCAGUGGGCGGAAGAGAGGCAGCGUAUAGACUGGUUUGCAAGAGGGCUGGCUGUGCCAACCAGGAUGAGGCCGAUGGCCGUCAAGGGGGAGGGUUCGGCAAGCAUGGGAGGACCUAAUACCGACAGCAGCGGUCUCUAAUCAAGGGCUUGUGGUUAUCGAAGCGCGACGAAUUCCUUGUUUCCCG